AUGGCUUCAAGAAAGAAUGACGAUGAAUCAAACAACUAUACUAAUUUUAUGUCUCUCCCAGACAAGUUCCAUAUUGGGUUCCCUCAGCCUUCUCGAACAAUUGACGAGAUACAGUCCCUGCCUCACAAUGUUGGUGAUGCCGCCCUCAAAGUGUUCUCAAAAGCCCUUGAAAGGCUCAUCAACCGCGAGCUCCCCCUGUACUAUACAACCUACAGUCCAUCCAUGGAGCGCUGUUAUGACUGCGUCAUGGUCCAGUGGACCAAUUCUCAUGUCUUCUUUGCUCGGCUUAUCCUCAUUUUCACCAUCCAAAUCAAAGGCAUAUGUGAACUGGUCCCAGCUACACUCGUGCAGCCAUACACUGCAGGCCUGUCUGGAUGGCAAUAUGUUCCUCCGGAUGAAGGACUGGGAGCAACCUCCGGCGGAUCUCUCCGGGUGAUACAAUGCAAUGGCGGAACCAUUCAAGCUCAAAAGCAACAACAUUGUGGUGCAUUGACCUUUUUCCCUCACUGCAUAUACCUGCUGCUCACCUCCUUGUUCACCGCCUGCCUGCCUCUUUAUUGCAUGUGUCAACUUUGCAUGGCCCACAACAUCAUUACUGCACCCAUAGGAAUUGGUAUCAACAUUAUAGGGAAGGACAACGAGACAGUGCUGCACCACAAGGCCCGCAUUCAAAACAACUUCUCUUUCCAGCAGCAAGGCCAGCUGCAGCAUUGGCCAACACUCCAGAACCCCGCUCUCGGUGGCAUGGGUGGCAUGGUGAACAUGCGGCCACCCAACAAGGGUGGUCUCACCUUCAACCACAUUCUCAGUUGA